GGACGCUUAUUAACAUUAACGAAGACCGUGAUAUCCCGAAUUUCAUCGGGGUCGUCGCACGCCCAGGUCUAAACCGGAACUCCAUUAUUUUUUAUUUGGAUAGUAUGUGUUGUUUGGAUACCCUCGUAUGUUACCGUAGUGGGAUUCGAUCCCGAUUUUCGUCGCUUCGCGACGAAAAUCGGUAAGAUCGAUUCCCUAUUAGGAAAGGACUAGCAACGCGUACCAAUUCCCACUGAAUGGUGCAAAUACAACAUGUUUUUAGAACGGCAGAGGUAACAUGGUGCCUGAUCCAACUGCAGACAGUACUGAUCUAUGCCUUCAAACUUAGAUUGACAGAUGAAAAUUCUAGUGACGUUAAACUACUCGCACGUACCGAGGAGAGCAUUCAUAGGAGGUAUUCAUGCCGAACAGAUCGUCACAUAGCGAACAUGUGCAAUGAGACAAUACUACUUGGCACAACGCAUCAUGCGAGUAUUAUUGACUUCCGGGUAUCUACACUAUCUUUAGAACCUUAUAGUCGCGUGUGCAAUUUGUAUGUGGAAACAACGAACACGCCCUACAUUGGAAUGAAGUUUCUGUCGACUAACCUUGAUGUUGCCUAUAGCAACGCGUCGCAGUGCUCAUCUGAACUAUCUAUUACUGGCAAAGAUAUGGAACAAAUACAUUAUAACACAUUGCCAGAAUUUGAAAUAAACAUAAACACAUACGGAUAUGUAAAUCUAGAAAUAAAACUUGACAAAUGCAUGAUUAAUUCAAACACCAGUUUAUUUAGGGUAUUGGUUUUUAAGCACGGCGAUACCUUUUGCUUCUCUGAAGAAAUUCACUGUAUAAAUUCUACAAGAUGUGUUCAUCCUGAACUAGCUUGCACUAAUGUAUAUGAUUUCUGUGACAACGAUUUCCAAAAUUGCAAAAAUAAGUCAGACAGUUCCACCAAUAAACGCUAUCGACGGAGAGGUCCACCUUCUAUACCAGGAAUAGUACUAGGUCUCACUUGUUUGACAGUGCUCACUUCAUUCCUGUUAUAUAUUGUUCUAUGUCGUAAGCGUCCUUGCUGCAGACGGAUAACACAGAAGCUGCAGUGUCGUCUGCCGCCAUGUGAAAGCUGUGGUGAUGGAACAACAGAAAGAACUACUGCAACUGCGCAAUUCAUACGUGAGACAGAUCAUGUUUCAUUACAUUAUACUCGUUUUCGAGACCCACCCCCGAGUUACUGUGACUUACAUCCAAAUCAGCACGGACAAGGCGGAAACGCACACCCACAGUUUGAAACUGGAAUUAGUAUUCCAAAUAUUCCACCGCCAUUAUAUUCAUCCGAAAAUACAAACGAGACUGAUGUGCAAGAUGACUUGCCACCGCCUUAUUCGGUUGCACCUCCAGCUACGGAAAGUUUGCAGCAUAUGUAGAAUGUAUCAUAUAUGUUAUUACAGUUCCACCAAAUUGUGUUGAUUUGCUGUUUGAUAAUAUCCAUUUCAGUGUGUGGACGUGGUGCUAAGGCCUUUUACAUAUAUUAACCUCAACACUGAAUCGUUAUAUCAUAUACAUGCACUUUGCCAGUUUCGUUAGGCUGUCAGAAACAUUAAUAUUAUUGUUCAAGUAGUCCCAGACCAAGUCGUUUGAAAAAGUAUUUAUACAAGUUUCAUAUUUUAAAUGUUAUAAUUGAUAUCUGUUUGCUUUGUUUUAUUAAAGUACGAUACAGUUCAGUGCCUGACCGUGUGUUUCGGUUGUUGUUACGUAAUGUAUUUUCGUUUCUCCUUUGAUUAUAACUGUUAAACUUGUGUCGAUAAUUGUUAUGAUAUAUUUGUUACAGGCAAUUUCACUUCAAUAUUGUAAUGCAAUAAAUGCUGAUUCCGCUG